AUGGAGCUCAGGAAUGGCACCUCCACAAACCAAGGCUCGAUCCACCAGGCUGAUCAAUGGGGAAACCACUCCCAAUGUCACGGAACCAUGGACUUCGAUCGCAGCCAAUACCACACCUUUGCUGUCCUCAUUGAUCUGAGCGACGACGACUAUAGCAAACAAUCCAUCAAAUUCCAGCUUGACGGCCAAACGUACUACACGGUUCAAGGGGACAAUUCCAGUGGGGAGGCAAGGCAAGGUUGGGAGAGGAUUGCCCACAGCGCAUUCUUCCCGCUCCUGAACAUCGCCGUGGGAGGUGACCACCCAGGAAACCCCAACGAUCAGACGCUGCCUGGCUUGGAAAGUGGCAUGACGAUUCAGUGGUUGGCAGUGUACAAGUCAUGGUAUUGA